UAAUAACGAACUCAUUGUGUUCCCCUGCGCCGCUCGAGCCUGACAGAGACGCACUCCAAAAUGCAGCGGCAUCUAAUCGUACCGAUUUUUUUUGCAUCCUUUUUGAAGAUCUGCACCGGGGCAGAUUGGUGCUACCAGUCCCAGCAUACCUGUGCCACCCCUUGUAAUGGACCUGAGAAGUGGUACCAUGCCAACAAAGACUGUGAAGGCAGAGCCCAAUCCCCCAUCAACAUCGUCCACAGGAAGACCCUAACAGAUGAGCGCCUCACACCCUUCCAGUUCAGAAAAUACCAGGAUUCCUUCAGUGGCCUGAUCAAAAACAAUGGACAUUCUGUUCAAGUGAAUGUGCCUCACCAACCGUAUGUGAUUGGUGGAGACCUGGAGAAGCCAUAUAAGGUAGUGCAGUUUCACCUGCACUGGGGAAAGAACGGAGGACCAGGGUCGGAACACACUAUCGACGGAGAGCAGUACCCCAUGGAGCUGCAUAUUGUUCACAUGAAUGAGGAACACUCAACAUUGGAAGAUGCCCUGAAAGACCCUAUAGGAGUUGCAGUCCUUGGAUUUUUCUAUGAGGAAUCCCUCAGUGCCAACAGAAAAUAUGACCCCGUUGUAAGAGCCCUCCAGCGCAUCAUGAUGACUGGUGCCAAUACAACUCUGGUGUCAGUUUCUCUGGAACAGCUGAUUCCUCCCCAGCAGAACCUAAGUAACUACUACCGUUACAAGGGCUCGCUCACCACCCCCGGCUGUACCGAGUCUGUGAUCUGGACUGUGUUCGAGAAGCCCAUCCCUCUCAGCAGAGACCAGCUGCGGGUGUUCUCAGACCUCCAGUUUAAGGAUGGCAAGCCUAUGGUGGGCACAUUCCGGCCGGUGCAGCCCCUCAAUGGCCGCGUGGUGUACAGGUCGGGAGGCGCUGUGGUAGUGGCCAGCACUGCAAUCCUCUUGGCCUCCGUCACCAUGGCGAUGGGAUUAUCACAGCCCGACUAGAAGAAGGAAGGCAUUCUGAGCGAGCCGCACCACGACAUGCAUGAACACAAUGAGUUCUCAAAACCAAAAACCAAACAACCAACUGACAAACUAAAGUACAGCACCAACCAACAGCCAUGCCCUAAACAUUCAGCCUGAAAACCAACAUGCCCCAGGCCCUUACAAUACAUCAUAGUGAUUCAUGAGUUCUAGAGUUCUUGAAUUAUCGAGUUCUGUCGCUCAAGUUCUGAAGUUCACAAGUCCUACAGUCCAUAGGUUCAACCUCCCUCCCUGUCCAAUGUUAGAUCAAUUUAGAGUCCUCAGCCUAAAUUUACAAUACAAAAUGUGAGGAGCCUUUUCUCAGUGCUCAGGUCGUUGGGUCACUGCACUAGAGUCUAAACAUAGAAGUCAAUAAAUCCAUGACCUAGUUGGUAUUAGACUGGCACGUGACCAUGUUCUUAGAACGGAAUGUGUGAAUGGUGGGUCAUAGCUAAUAAUAGAUAGCACUCAUAAAUACUCUCCAGUUCAAACCUAGGAGAGGAGGAGAGAGAGAUGCCAUGGUCUUGCCUUUCCCUCUGCAACUCCUAUUUCCACCACCACUGUCACGAGUCAGGUGGGGAUUCUAUGCCACCCACCACGGGCCAGGCAAAUUAUCUGAGGGGUGAGGGGAACGGAGGUCCCCUAGCUCCAGGUGAAUCACCCACCAUAGGGUAAUAGAAGGGCACAGGCUGAUGACGAUCGCAACGGACCAUGCGGUCCUGUGUGUUACCGAGUUAAGAAGCUGAACUGUCCCUGUCCCGACUCCCAGAUCCCCAGUCACACAUGAGUUCCACGAGGAGGAGAUGGAGGAUAAUAAUGAUGAUGAUGCAGUGAUGGGGCGAAGAGCUUGUCGGCUCCCUGCAAAACUGCUCUGACAAUAUAGGUCAUGAGGCAAGUGACAGGGGGAUUCUGAAGACUCCGUUUCUAGAAGCUAAACACAGCAGCGUUUAAGAUAACUAACUCAUUCAUUGAUUAAUAAAUAGAUGAAUCAAUUGAUUUGAAAAAUGGACUCAUUGAUGGAUCCUUAUUGAACCGUUGUCAUUACAGUGUUCUGACCAAUUAUCCAUAUCAAAUGUUUAGCAUUGAUCUGCAUGUUCUGUCAUGCUGGAAUCUUGCUGUACAGUAAAGUACCAUACAGACUGUACAACUGUAGCACAGCCUUCUACCCAGCCACCAUGGACACUUCAGUAACGUUAUACUCCUUCUCCACCAGCUAGGCCAACUAAACUGUCUCAGGUUCAUCUUUGCGAACAUGCGACUUGGUUCAUGGCUUGUAUUGCAGGGUCUCGGAUGCAUUGAAUCAUACCCACUGUGAAUUAUUACUACAUUCAAUAUUUUGACUUAUCAUUUUGUUUAUUCACAUGGCUUCUAUCUAGCUAAUUCAAGCAAGAGAUUUGUGAGUUUCUUGUGAAUAAGACAAGAUUGAAGUUGGAAUAUAUUAGAAAUAUUCCAUUGUUUCAUAACGCACCAAUGUUAUAUUUCUAUACACUUGACAUUUGUACACAUGUAUUUAUGUACUGUAUGUGUCACGCCUGCUCCCGCUUCCCCUCUCUGGCACUCGAGGGCACCAGACUGUCCUUCAAUAAGCACACCUGUCACCAUCAUUACGCACAUCAGCACUCACUGGACUCACCUGGACUCCUUUACUUUGUUGAUUGCCCCUCUAUAUCUGUCUGCUCCUCAGUUUGUUCCCCGUGUCAGCAUUGAUGUCGUUACGUUUUCCCCUGUCCAGAUGCUGUCCUUGUUUGUUUCUUGUCUAUUAUCCAUUAAAUGUUCACUCCCUGCACUUGCUUCUCAUCUCCCAGCAUUGGUCCUUAUGUGUAUAUUGACAUAUAAAGACACACUGUUGAUGUUAUUUAUAUAUAGCUUAGGUAUUUAAAAGUUUAUAUAUCGACAUCUAUCAGAAAGAAGAACCAACCCAAAAAAGUUUCAUUGACUGCAUUAUCAAGUAGUUUCUGACCAAUUCAAAAUACCUGUACUCUUGGAAUGAUCUAUGUUGACAUUCAAAAUUAUUGAAUAGUUUUGUUUGUUUAUUUGUAAUGCUUGAAAAUGUUAUAAGUGAUAUGGAGAAUGUGUUCCGAUUGAACAAUAAACUACUGACAUGCCUUUUCAA